CUUACGCAAGGCGCCUAAAGCCUUCCGAACAAUACGUUGUUGUCUCCAUAAACCCUCACCGACCAGACAUCUGCCUCGACCUCAACAGCCUCUUUCUUGCUUCAUUGCCGCUCUUCACUCUGCUUCUACCUACGAACUCAACGUCCCAAGGCUUUCCACAUCGACCCCAGCGCGUGUCGCCAGAAGGAGAAGCAAGAGAAGGGGCGGUGACAAGCCCAUAGUCCAAUGGUAGCGCCAUUGCAAUGAGUCUCCGACUAAGUAGGAGCCUUUCGACAUCGGCCGCCGACCCACGAUUGUCUUCUCUUCGUCGUCUUCGGACCUCCGUGGCUCAGUUGCAGCAGGGGACGCUUCUUAAUCAUCCGGGAAUGUCGAUAUGCUCAACUUCAUUUUGUACUGGAGAACUGUUUACGAGGUCUUCUAAUCUUAAAACUCGAGGUGCACCUAGUGCGCUCGUGACUAAACAUCUUAAGAAUCAGGCAGCUGUUAAUGGCUUUACAAGGUUUCAUGGCGGUCUGUCUUUUGGCCUUUUUCAGUCUAGACCUGUACUUUCGAGCAUUGCAGCAGACAGUUCAUUCUUUAGCUUUCGAUUGAAAUUCUCUGGUGAUGAAGCUUUCGCUACCAGGUUUUACUCUCAAAGUUCUCGACCAUUUAAUCAAAAUGAUGAUGCCUCCGUAAGGGAUGGGAUAAGAGGUGCCACUGGAUUUGGUUUUAAGGGUUUAAAAAAAAAUUGGAAGAAGGCAAAGCAGUUGGCUGCUCAAAGAAAAAAGUCUGCUGCUUCUUCGUCCAUUAUAUCAGAAUCUUUGAAGGAGGAUAUCUCCGUAGAUGUCCAAGAAAAAAUUGCUGAUACAGCAAAAGAAGUAAAUUUAGGUUCAUCAUCUGUGACAUCACUUGCUAGUGGUGCUAAACAGCAUAAGAGCAAAGGGAGACGAGAGCUUGCACGGAGCAAAAAAAGCAAAGAACAAGCGCAUGAUCCUUCGAAGAAAAAUUCUAAAAGUGCUUCUCAAGGAGAAGUGUCAGACCAGAAGAAAGGUGAAUCCCUGUCUGCAUCGAAUUUGGAGGGUAAGUCAGGUGGAAGUCAUCCCGACUCCAAGGAACUCCUUAAGGCUCCUGCUUCUGCAAAAACAAGUUCUGGUAAGAAAGUGAAAAAUUCCAAACAAAAACCUGUGAAGACAUCUGUUGAGCCAUCGGGAGAAAAGAAAGACCAAGCAAUCAACAAAGUGAGUUUUCCAAGUCGGAGGUUUUUGAAGUCUUUUUAUCCUCCCGAGGGGAGAUCUGUUGUGGUUGUGGAGUCUGUUACAAAAGCAAAGGUUAUUCAAGGGUAUCUUGGUGAUAUGUUUGAAGUUAUUCCAAGCUAUGGCCAUGUAAGGGACUUGGCUGCACGAUCAGGAUCUGUUCGUCCUGAUGAUGACUUUAGUAUGGUCUGGGAGGUGCCAUCUGCUGCUUGGACCCAUCUGAAGAGUAUCAAGUUUGCCCUAAGCGGAGCAGAUAGUUUGAUUCUAGCUUCAGAUCCUGAUCGUGAGGGCGAGGCUAUUGCUUGGCACAUCAUUGAGAUGUUGCAGCAGCAGGAUGCUUUACGUGAUGACAUAACUAUAGCAAGAGUUGUUUUUCAUGAGAUAACUGAAUCAUCCAUCAAGGCUGCUCUCAAGGCACCAAGACAAAUAGAUGCAAACUUGGUGCAUGCUUACCUUGCACGCCGUGCUCUAGAUUAUCUGAUUGGUUUUAAUAUUUCUCCUAUAUUAUGGAGGAAACUACCAGGUUGCCAGUCAGCCGGGCGAGUCCAAUCUGCUGCUUUAGCACUUAUUUGUGAUAGAGAAAUGGAAAUUGAUCAGUUUGUUCCACAAGAGUAUUGGAGUUUGGAGGUUGACUUCGAGAGAAGAAGUUUGGAUCCUUCCCUAAAAUCCAGUUCUAUCCCAUCCCGCUUGACAUAUUUUGCUUCGACAAAAUUGAACCAGUUGUCAAUUGGUUCAUAUGUAGAGGCAAAGGAUAUUGAAGAGAAGAUUAGAUCUGAAGGUUUCAAAGUUGUUGCCUCUAAAAGUAACAAGAUGAGAAGGAAUCCUCCUACACCUUACAUCACGUCGACUUUUCAGCAAGACGCUGCUAAUAAAUUGCAUUUUCCAGCCACAUACACUAUGAAGCUUGCACAAAAGCUUUACGAAGGGAUACAGUUAUCAGAUGGCAAGGCAGUUGGUUUGAUAACAUACAUCAGAACGGAUGGUUUACAUAUAUCUGAGGAGGCUGUGAAAGAUAUACGCUCUUUUGUGAUUGACAGGUAUGGGUCAGAUUUUGCAACAGAGGCUGCGCGCAAGUACUUUAAGAAGGUGAAGAAUGCUCAAGAAGCUCAUGAAGCAAUUAGACCAACUGAUAUCCGGAGGUUGCCAUCAUCACUAGUUGAUAUACUUGAUGAAGAUUCUUUGAAGUUGUACACUCUUAUCUGGUCUCGUACUGUUGCAUGCCAAAUGGAGCCUGCUGUAAUUAAUCAGAUUCAUGUGGAGAUUGGAAAUGCGGAUGGCUCUAUUGUGUUGAACGCUUCAAGCUCGACAAUUGGGUUUCUUGGUUACCAGGCAGUUUUCAAGGAUGUGGAAGCAGAAACAGUGAGGUCUAAAGAAAAUGAAGGGAAUGAACGUGCUGAAGCUUUUGGCGUACUGAGCUCUCUGAAGGUUGCAGAUUUACUGUCUCUCAGUGAUGUGCGAUCCAAGCAACACUACACUCAGCCUCCAUCGCGCUACUCAGAGGGUGCAUUAGUUAAGAAGCUGGAAGAGCUUGGAAUCGGGAGGCCGUCUACAUAUGCGAGCACACUGAAAGUACUGCAGGACAGAAAUUAUGUGACAGUAAAAGCCCGUGUCCUACAUCCUGAAUUUCGGGGCCGCAUGGUGUCAGCAUUUCUUUCUCACCAUUUUUCUGAGGUCACGGACUACAGCUUUACUGCUGAUAUGGAGACAGAGCUUGAUAAUGUGUCAGCUGGUUUAACGGAGUGGAAAGGUCUCCUGAAAGAUUAUUGGGCACGAUUUAGCUCAUAUUGCAACCGCACUGCUACUGUUCAUAUUCAUCAGGUGGAGAAGAUGUUGGAGAAGACAUUUGGGGACUUUUUAUUUGCUUCUCUUCCUGAUAAAAGUAGGAGGUGUCCAAGUUGUAUGGAGGGCACUUUGAUAUUUAAAGUAAGCAGGUUUGGUGCUGGCUACUUUAUAGGUUGUGAUCAGCACCCUAAGUGCAAGUAUAUUGCUAAGACACUAUAUGGUGAAGAAGAAGAAGAAGAUGCUAAUCCUCAGACUAACAAUUCAAUCGAAGAGCCAAAACUUCUGGGUCUUCAUCCAGUUUCCAAUGAAAAGAUUCUUCUUAAGAAUGGUCCAUAUGGAUUUUAUGUACAACUUGGUGAAGAUAGGAAGGGGUACAUUCCUAAAAGAGCCUCUAUUUCUCAGACAAAGGAGGUGGAUUCUAUUACCAUCGAGGAUGCUCUUGAGCUGUUGCGAUAUCCUGUGACGUUGGGUAACCAUCCAAAGGAUGGGCAGCCUGUGAUUUUGAAACUUUCAAGGGUUGGAUUUACUGUCAGACAUAGACGCACAAUGGCUUCUGUUCCUAAGAACCUCAAGCCAAAGGAUGUCACUAUGGAGAAAGCCUUGGAGCUAUUAUCAGGGAAGGAUGUAAGACGAAGUGGCCGACCUAAGAAUAAGCCGAAAAGCGAAGAAGCUCUGGAGGUCUUUUAGCUCUUGG